UAGCCACAACCAAAUAUUAUCCUCCUUUUAAGAAAAACCAAUUGAGCGUAGUUUAAACAAACUCCCUAAUCCCUGUACAUGGCAAUGGAGAUAACCAUACGCCCAGGAAUUCAGUGCAUAUGCAGAUGCAACGCUGCCAUCCCCAAAUUGUUGUCUCAAUUCUCUCUUCCUUCUAAACCCACUUCUCCGAGUUCUUUCCAACAAUGGCGGAAGCAACUCUCUACCACUCGCUCACUCGCCCACGAAGCUACUGUCGCAGUAAAUUUGGCCACUGAACGUAAUGCUGAUGCAUCCCUUGUCUUAAAGAAGAAGGCAACAGAUAUAUGCGCAGAUCUGAAAGGAACGUCAAUAUUCCUCUUAGGUAUGAACAGUACAAUGAAAACCAGUGUGGGCAAACUUAUUGCAGACGAGUUAAGAUAUUAUUACUUUGAUAGUGAUAAUCUAGUUGAGGAGGCUGCUGGUGAGGAUUCUUCUGGCAAAUCUUUCAGAGAGAGGGAUGAAGAUGGUUUUCGUAAAUCAGAGACUGAGGUGUUGAAGCAGUUAUCAUCAUUGGGUCGACUGGUAGUCAACGCUGGAAAUGGUGCAGUUCAGGGUGUGACCAAUUUAGCACUUCUACGACAUGGAAUUUCAAUAUGGAUAGAUGUCCCUUUAGACAUUAUAGCAAAGGAAUUCGUAAGAGAUGAUGAACAAUCUUUGAUCUCCAACAUAUCUACUCCAGAACCCUUCUCUGAGGCAUUGGAUCAGUUAACUCUGCUUUAUGAAGAGAACAGAAGUCGAUAUGCUACAGCAGAUGCAACUAUCUCACUCCAAAAGGUGGCUACCAAACUUGCUUAUGAUGAAUUUGAACAAGUUACUGCUGAUGACAUGGCUCUGGAGGUUCUGACACAGAUAGAAAAGCUUACAAGAGUGAAGAAGCUGAUGGAAGAAGCUGGAAGACCUUUUUAGUUUUUGUUAGAUCCUCCAACUUAUAAUUGUUAAAUGCUGUAAUUGUGAGCAUGAUGUGAACAAAGCAUUAUAUACGCGUACAAGUAUGAACUUACUGUUACAAGACUAUCAUUUCUUAUCUUAAUAAAUAUAAAGGAACAUAGAUUGCUUGCA